CGUAAAGCGCUCUGCUGCUCACAUGGAGACAACAUGAGUCCCUGCCCGAGGUUCCUGACUCUUGUUUAUGUCUUUAUUUAAAUAUUAAACAUUAAAUAUUAAAUAUAAGUUUAAUUGUUUUAGUCUCCGAGGAUUAAACUAACAUGUUGACCUGAAACCGGAAACACGAGAGAGGCUCGCGGACAGCUCUGAGAGAGUGUGUGUGUGUGUGUACAUCAGUGUGUGUAAAUAAGUGUGUAAGUGUGUGUGUAGCUGUGUGUCUCAGUCUGCACCAUGUUCGUGUUGGUGGAGAUGGUGGACACGGUCAGGAUCCCUCCGUGGGACUUUCAGAGACAACUGAACGGAGCCAUCUCUGAGGAGCUGAACAAGAAGCUGGCCAACAAGGUGGUCUACAAAGUCGGUCUGUGCAUCUGUCUGUACGACAUCACCAAACUGGAGGACUCUUACAUUUUCCCUGGAGACGGAGCGUCACACACUAAAGUUCACUUCAGGUACGUGGUUUUUCACCCGUUCCUGGAUGAGAUCCUCGUCGGUAAGAUCAAGUACUGCAGUCAGGAGGGAGUCCAUGUGACCAUGGGCUUCUUUGAUGACAUCCUGAUCCCUCCAGAGUCGCUUCAGCAGCCCGCUAAGUUCGAUGAAGCGGAGCAGGUCUGGCUCUGGGAGUACGAGACGGACGAGGGAGCCCACGACCUCUACAUGGACCAGGGAGAGGAGAUCCGCUUCAGGGUGACGGAUGAAAUCUUCGUGGACACGUCGCCGACGGGCCCGGCCGCUGCGGCCACCGACACGCCGGCUCAACCGGGUCAGUCCACGGUGCCGCCACCCGAGGACAGCAGGGAGAAGAAGGAGGCGCCGUACACUUUGAUCGGGACCAUCUGUGAGCCGGGUCUGGGCCUGCUGUCAUGGUGGAACAACUAACACCACAGAAGAAGAAGAAGAGGAUGUGAUGUCACUAUAGAGUUGGCAUCAUGGCGGCUCAGAUGGACAUGUGGAGGUUCAGUGUUGAGGAGCUGAAGACGGACAGAGUUCAGCUCCUGUGUGAGCUCAGAGUGAGAGAGGACUGAACAUGAAGCAGCUUCAUAUUAAAUAACCUCAUAUCUAAAGAAAGGUUGAGCUAUGUUUAACUUUAUUAAGUUCUCUCUCUGGUGAUUUAGACCCUGAGUUUCAAAGAGAAGUCAUUAUUUGGAGCUGAAAUUAUAGGGAAAUAAAUCAGAGUGAAUUAAUUAAUUUAAACCGACCCGGGGAUCUGAUUUAUUAAAUAUUAAAACUAGAGACCCAAAGCAACAAUAAAGACUGUUUUCAGAGAGA